UCCCCAGCAACAAAACGGGGAAGUUUACGCACAGACUGGCUGCUGUCUGUUUCGUGUCAGGAUGUUUCACUUUUUUGUUUAAAUUUUUGCUGAUUUGAAGCGACAUCCAAUCGAUUUGAGAACAAGAAUGGAUUCAAAGGCGGCUAAAAAUAAGGCUCCGGGCCAAUUAAGAAGGUCGUUAAGGCAGACGGGGAAAGUACUCGGCGUUGAGCCAACUCCAAGGGGUCCUCUGAAAAGGACCAGAAAGACAUCAGAACCUCAGCCGUCACCAGCAGCUAAAGGUUCAAAAAAUGUGGAGAACGGCUUGGAUGAUGAAGAGUCUCCUACCAAGAAGCAGCGGUUGGAUGCCGGAGAGGGACGUGGUGACAACCUUAGUGAUGAUGACAUGGAGGUCCAGGACUCAGACAAAGACACGGAGAACUGUGAGGACCUGGAAAUGGAUGAGGUUGAGGAGCCAUUAAAAGAAACCAGUCCACCAAAAACAUAUAAAGACCGCUAUGAAUUUGUGAACCUUUCUCCUGGCGUCGUCCUUCAUAAAUCCAAACCCUCCCUUUCUCCAUAUGAAGAUUCGCAAGGAAUGAAGACUAUAAAAGCUGAAGUAAAAGCACCUUCAAUGAACAAAGCUCAUUCACACAUCCAACCAGCAGAGAAGAGGCCUGCUGUGCCGAUCACCAGCAUGGAUGAGUAUAAGAGAAUAAUGGAGGCCAAAGCCAGGAACGCAGCCACAUCGCCUCUGGUUGUACCUAACCAAGUCUCCCAAAGUUUGUACUCGAUUUCGGCGAAAACGUACCCAACCAAACCACGUGAAAACAACAUUCCUCAUCAAAAAAUGGCAGAUCAUCUGACAAAACAAGAUGGAAAAAAGAAAACGGCUGGGAUUGAGAUAAGCUCUGGAAAUUCUUGUAGAGGGUUUUUUUGGUAUUUAUGGCGCUUGGUUUUGUUGGUGCUGCUCAGCUCUGCCACCCUGCUGGCUUACCGGAUCCUCCCUGUGCUGCAGAGUAAAGCAGGAGGGCAACAACCCCGAGAAGCUAUACCAGAAAAGUUUUCUGACAGCUUGUCGCAUCUCCAGUCUCAAUUCCCAAGUCAGCGAGAAGAGCUGUGGAAGAGAACCCAGAUCCACCUGGGAAAGCACCUUAAAACCGCUGAGCCAACCGAGCCAGUGAGUCUGAUCUUGGUAGCAGGUCUCAAGGCAGAGAGGACUCUGCUGUGCCUGGCUCGGGGCCUGGCCUCCACCUACUCAUCCGCCCUCAACGGCUCUGCCCUCCUCAUUGACGGGGUAAGUAAAGCCGACCAGGACAGCGACAGGGUAAAGCUGGACGUCGACAACCAGCUGAAGGCGGCUUUUGAGGGAGACAAACCAGCGGUGGUCAUCCACCGCUUUGAGGAGCUGCCUCCGGGCUCCACCCUAAUUUUUUACCGUUACUGUGAUCACGAGACCGCCGCAUACAAGCAGGCGUUCCUGUUGUUCACCGCGCUGCUGCCGCAAGACGAGGUCAGCAGCGAGCUGAGCCUGAAGGAGGUGGAGGAGCUGGUGCAGAGCCACGUGGAGGCAAAGCUGGUGGACUCCACAGGCAAAACCUCCUUCAAUGAAAUGGAUAUAGACAAGUUUGGCGGGCUGUGGAGCCGCAUCUCCCAUGUGAUUCUGCCUGUAGUGUCGGAGGUGAAGCAGGAAGAAUGCCAAUGAGUUAUUUUUUUUGUUUUAUUUUUUUAAGGAUGCGGUGAUAUGGGUACUAUGACCAGAUAUACCACAGAAAUGUGUCUUUUUAGACACGUUUUACACAGAUUUCCUUUGAAAUGUUUGAAGGACGCAUUGACAGCUAUAACAGAUGAAAACCUACUGAAGUUGCAGUUUUUUUGUGUUAUGAUUUUUUUCCUCUUUUAAAGAUCAGAUCUAACAACAUCAUUUAACUUGACAUUGACAUAUACAGGAUGUUUUCCCACUCGAUUUUGUUGUAGACGAUAAUUUCUCGUUUUGUUUUGUCCCUUUUUCUGAAGCACUUUUUCUUCAGCAAGACACAGAAUUCAUCUGUAAAGAUAACAAAUGUUACAGUUUCUGUGGAUCUGUUUUUCUUUGAUUUCAAAUCUCAGAGGUGAGCUGACGAGGCAUUCGCAGAAGUUUGAUGUGCACUGAACGUGUCUGUUUGCUUUAAGCAACUGGAUUUUACUAAAACAAGCAUUUUUUGUGUGUGAUAUUUCAUCUUAAGAUGUAUUUUGUUGUGCUUCUAAGAUUUGCAUAUUUUUUAAUAGCUGUAUAUAUAUAUAAACUGUAUGCUGGAUAUGAAAAGGAUCAAAAUGCCAGGAAUCUUGUUUAAAUGGGGUAGAUUUAAAAAAAAAACAAAAAAACUUUCAGGUUUAUGUGAGUUCUUUUUUUUUUUUUUGCAAAAAUAUUUUUGAUUGAAUAUGUCAAACACAAAAUGUGCCUUAAACACACAAGAACUAUUUAAUAACUCCAAUAUUCAUCAUCUGUCUUGUACCAUAGCAGGAUGGCAUCACAACUAUGGUGUUUUCUCAGAAGUGUGUCCAAACAGUACUUAAUUGAUAUAUACGGUAAUAUAGAUUUUAAUUCUUGUCUUUCAAUUUUGUAUAUUCUGUUGUAUUAUCGCUCUGAGAUCAUUUUUUCUGUGUAUUGCUCAUAUGAAUGUUUGAAUAUUUCCAAUAAAGAUUAUUUUAAUAUUGA